AUGUUGACAGAGAGUUUCCAAGCAGCUUUGUUAAAAGGUUAUCGAGAACGUAAAGCUGACGCAAAAGAAUAUUUUAUGUUAGUCGGAGGGUAUGAAGAUAUCCCGAGAGCAAUAGCCAACCCUCCAGAGGGUAUGGAAGUUGAUAAGUGGAAAAAAGCAGUUGAGUAUUUCCAAACAAACGAACACAUAAUUGCUUCAGAAAAGAACAAAAAAAUCCGUGAAAUGCAAACAAAUGCGAAUCGUGGGGGUCGAGCUCUUAAACAGAACCUUAAGAGAGUGGAAACGUUUCGCAAAGCUCAUACCGAUAAGAAUGAUGUAUUUGUUACAACUGAGGCGGAACAACAAUAUUUGUUAGAACAAACUCAAGGUGAAAGUCAGUUAACACCCACUCAAGAAAGAACUGUGUUAGAGAAAGUAUUAGGAGAGCGACGUAGCCAUAUUAGAGGCAUCGGCCAUAAACCUUCUACUCUCCCGCCGAUUCCACAGCCUUCGCAACCAUCACCACAACCAUCACAGUUGGAAAAUCUUUGUGCCAUGCUGAACGACCCGGCAUGUAGGGAUGAGCUGCAUUCGUUUUUUCAUUCCCAAAAUAAUCGAGGAAACGAUGGGAACGAAGAUGAUGGUAUGUAGGUCAGGAUGAGUUUUAUUUGCAUACGUUGUCAUGCUUUGCUACUUGGUAGAUUGUAAAACUUUGGUUGUUUUUUGUAAUUACCGGCGACACUAAUACCAGACGAUAUUAAUACUUUUUAUAUUUAAUCGGAUAUUAUGACUUUUGAUAUUUAAUUAAUUAUA